GAACGUUCCUCAAAUCGUUGUUCAAAGUUCAGAGUCGGCGUGCUCAUCGGGAUCCCAAACGCCAUCGGGUGAGGAGUUCUCCCCCUGGUUGGAGGAUCCCAGGGUCGGGUUAUCGAUCGGCUACGAGUCUGAUCCCAGGACCCUCUACUUCGACAGACAUACGCGUUGUCAUGGUAAGGGCGUGGACGGCCACCCUUUGUCAAAAUGGCGACCUCGGGAUCACCGGGGGUCUAAUGGUUCUCUCCCUUCGAGCGGCCCCUGGCUGGCUCCCCGCUUAAGGCCUGCAAGUGGCAGGUCUGAUCCUGGGAAACACUAUUCCAAAGUUCAGCGCUACGUUGACUGCCACAGGCCCCAGACCGCCCCG